AUUGUCUCCCCCACUGAAGUCAACCUUCAAAAAAAUAACUUGGAGAAUGCAAGCCAGGAGGCUGAAGGGAGGCGAUAUUUCAAGAACAGCAGUCAAGAGAUUGAGAGUUUCGACCCAACAGUAGUGCGCUUCGUUGAGGCCCCACCACCACCGGGCGUGGCAGCAACGCAAAGCCCAUGGAAGGAUGCAGCCGACGACCCUAGACCGGUAGUCCUCGCCACUACCAACAAGGCAUUCCUCGACUUCACAGCGAACUGGUUGGAGAGCAUCCGCCGGAUCGCCACUCGGCCCAAGAUCCUCAUCGUAGCCGAGGACCGCGAAACCCAGCGGUUCCUGUACGGACGACCGGGCGUGCACGUGGUGGUGUCCCGGGGCUUCGACACGCCGGCCGAGCAGCUUCCCUGGGAUUCCCCCAUCUACAACGCCAUGGUGAAUAAGCGGCCGGCCUACAUCUAUCAGCUGCUCCAACGGGGCCACGACGUGCUGUUCAGCGACGUGGAUACCGUCUGGCUGAAUGAUCCCUUCCCUUACUUUCAGGGGGACUUCCACGUCGCUGUCGAAGAGGACCAGCAUAAACCCUACGUGGCGUACUGCGCUGGGUUCGUGUUCUUCCGCGCCGCCGAGAAAACCAGGGAAUUCGUCCGGGAGUGGCUUCGGCGGCUGCAUCGAUCCAAGACGAAAAUCUCGGACCAGGUCCUGAUGAACGAGAUGCUGACUAAGAAUCAGAUCCCCGGGCUCCGGACGAUGGUCUUGCCGUCGGAGAUCUUCCCAAACGGGAAGCUGUUCUUCAUGACGCCCGGCUGGCGUCAGCUGCACCGUCAAUCGGCGGCCGUGGUUCACAACAACUGGAUUCAGAGCAAAGAGAAAAAGCUGCAGAGAUUUAAAGAUCACGGACUCUGGUUUAUUGAUGCUGAAAAGCCGUGACGACUGUCUACCAAGUCAAGUUUGCUGGUGUGCAAUUCAUGAACAGAAAUAGCGUAUCCAUGAAAAUUUCGUUUCUUUUCGUGUAUUAAAGGAUUUCCUGUAUAUUCCACGCAUAACAGUUAACUUAGUUAUUGUAAUAUUAAUUAUAUCCCCAAGAUAACGCGAAACAGCAUAGCUCUCGAACUGACAUAUUUGGAAGUCCCAAAGAGUCCUUUUGUGGAAUAUUCUGUGCACUGUACUUGCAUGCUGUUUCCCAAAUUAGACCUUUCAUUCAGUUGGAUACAACAGCUUUUAAGUAGGCCCUGCAACUCAACACGUUCUCAACUUAACAAACUCUCUGCUAUUGGAGCAUUUUGAGGCCCGUGGACUAAAUUGCCAGCUGACAUGUGACACUGCGGCUGGUACUGUAGCUUACACCCCUUUUAAUGUGGAUGAAAGGGACCACCCACAGGGCUUUAUUUUGCAAUGGAGGGCAUUGUUAUCAUAAUGGCGAUAGGGGAAACGUUUAUCCCUGUUGUCUAUGGCGGUUUAUUUACUGACCUUUUGAUAUGUCUGAACUUCCUUUAAGCUAUAGCCUAAGGCUAAGGAAAUGCAUGAAGCCAUCUGAGCGCACGCGUGGCUUCCAGACGUGACCAAAUUGUGGGCACAGCCCAUGUUUAAGGUCUUAGCCUUUUGAGUUAGGACUCAGGAGUCAGCUCUACGAAAGCUUCCCUUCGAUACACGAUGAGGAAGAUGCCAUGAGAAAAGAAGACCAGACGGGUUCUUCCGCUUAGUAAGCGCACUUUCAUGAGUUCCGUCGGGCAUUUUAGCCCCUGAAAAGAAUUGGUAAAAAUCCACUGAACUUAUUUCAAUUUUUAGAAAGUAUAGUGAAGAUGCUUAUUUUCUUCAAGAUACAACUAUAAUCCUCUGUUUUUUGUGUUUCUUUUUUGUAGAGAUGUGCGAUGUCCAAAAUAAUGGCCAGCCUGUAGCUAAAACAACACAGGCGCCAUGGUUUCACAUCACGUUUCCCUCAGACGGACUUUUUUUCCUGCUGCAUACAGGACGCGGCCAUCUUCUCAAGGGGUUCAGCUCGUAAGUCCGACGGCUCGAAAGACCGACACCUCGUUGGUCCAACGUCAGAUUUAUGAGGCGUCGGACCUUUGAGGCGUCGGAACUAUGAUGAGGCCGAAAAAUAAUGUUGUCAGAAAAUUCGGACUUUGGAGGCGUCGGACUUACGAUACGCACUCUUCUCAAGCCUUCAAGAUAUGUUACAUUGUAAUUUCUUGCUCGCAUCAGUGACUGUGGAUGACACACUGAAAUCCUGUUGUGACGAUCA